AUGCGGCAGAGCUUUUUGCUAUUUCUCAGUACCAGCCAGGCCUUCGAACUGAACAACGCUUACUUACCAACCCGAAAUAAGUACGCGGGUCACCGGCCUCUCGCCACGGAGUAUUUCAGCUAUAGUGCACCACCGGAUGACGACCAGAACUUGCCCCUGCAGGCCGCUGGUCAGCUUGCCAAGGCACUAACACCUCCGCAGCAAGUGGUCUUCAUACGCACACCAGAGACAAAUCUGUUUGCGUUGACAGCCAAGCAGUUGGCGGCACGCAACGCUUUGGAUAUCUAUGUGCUCCAGAGGCAAAUGGAUGCUACCGCUUUGGCUGAACAGAAGGCAGCUAUCGAGGAACAGGUGGGUCACAAACCCACCGUUCACUUCGUCAAAUAUCGAACGCCUGCUGAUGUAAGUCGUGCUCUAAGCAGCCUGCGAGGUAGCUAUGAUCAGUUGCCUGGUAGAAGCUACAGCCAUGGCGUGGAAACCGCAAAUGUCAUUCGUCUUAACCCGCCCCAUCACAUAGCACAGCCGGAUCCAGUGGUGUUCAAGAUAUUAUCCAAAACCAGCGCUAAGUACGAUAAUCAUGAGGAGGCAAAUGUACUGGAGGCCGCCAAGCUGCAGACGCUCUUUAGACAAUAUUUGCCUCCAGCGGAGCGGCGUUAG